AUGGUUAUCGUUACACGGGGUGAUUAUAUCUGGAUCGAGCCCGUGACCGGUCGAGAGUUCGAUGUAGCGAUCGGGGCUCGUGUCAUCUCGGCCGAGGGCCGCCGGAUUCAGGUGCGCGACGACGACGGCAACGAACAAUGGCUGACACCAGAGCGGCGCAUCAAGGCGAUGCACGCCUCGUCGGUGCAGGGCGUCGAGGAUAUGAUAUCCCUCGGCGAUCUGCACGAGGCCGGCAUCCUGCGCAAUCUCCUGAUACGCUACAACGAGAAUCUAAUCUACACCUACACCGGUUCGAUUUUGGUGGCGGUCAACCCGUACCAGAUACUGCCGAUCUACACUGCCGACCAGAUAAAGCUGUACAAGGAGCGCAAGAUCGGUGAGCUGCCACCGCACAUCUUCGCGAUCGGCGACAAUUCGUACGCACACAUGCGCCGCUACGGUCAGGACCAGUGCAUCGUCAUAUCGGGCGAGUCGGGCGCCGGCAAGACGGAGAGCACCAAGCUGAUCCUCCAGUACUUGGCGGCGAUCAGCGGAAAGCACUCGUGGAUCGAGCAGCAGAUUCUCGAGGCCAAUCCGAUCCUGGAGGCGUUCGGUAACGCCAAGACGGUCCGCAAUGACAACUCGUCCCGGUUUGGCAAGUACAUCGACAUCCACUUCAACAGUGGCGGUGUGAUCGAGGGCGCCAAGAUCGAGCAGUACCUGCUGGAAAAGUCCCGCAUCGUGUCGCAGAACGCGGACGAGCGGAACUACCACAUCUUCUACUGUCUGUUGGCGGGCCUUUCGGCGGACGAGAAGCGGCGGCUCGAUCUGGGCCAAGCGUCCGACUAUCGCUACCUCACCGGCGGCGGCUGUAUACGCUGCGACGGGCGGAACGAUGCGGCCGAGUUUGCCGACAUCCGGUCGGCGAUGAAGGUGCUCUGCUUCUCGGAUCACGAGAUCUGGGAGAUCCUGAAGCUACUGGCGGCCCUCCUGCACACCGGCAACAUCAAGUACAACGCGACCGUGAUCGAUAAUCUGGACGCCACGGAGAUUCCGGAACACAUCAACGUGGAACGGGUUGCGAACCUGCUUGAGGUACCGCUGCAACCAUUCAUCGACGCCCUGACCCGCAAGACGCUGUUCGCGCACGGCGAAACCGUCGUGUCGACGCUUUCGCGUGACCAAUCGAUGGACGUGCGGGACGCGUUCGUAAAGGGCAUCUACGGGCGGCUGUUUGUGCUGAUCGUGAAGAAGAUCAACCAGGCGAUCUACAAGCCGAAAUCGUCCACCCGCAGCGCCAUCGGUGUGCUGGACAUUUUCGGGUUCGAGAACUUUGACCACAACAGCUUCGAGCAGUUCUGCAUUAACUUUGCGAACGAAAAUCUGCAGCAGUUUUUCGUGCAGCACAUUUUCAAGCUCGAGCAGGAGGAGUACAACCACGAGAGCAUCAACUGGCAGCACAUCGAGUUCGUGGACAACCAGGACGCGCUCGAUCUGAUUGCGAUCAAGCAGCUCAACAUCAUGGCGCUGAUCGACGAGGAGAGCAAGUUCCCGAAGGGCACCGAUCAGACGAUGCUGGCGAAGCUGCACAAAACGCACGGCACGCACCGGAACUACCUGAAGCCCAAGUCGGACAUCAACACAAGCUUCGGGCUGAACCACUUUGCCGGCGUGGUGUUCUACGACACGCGCGGCUUCCUGGAGAAGAACCGCGACACGUUCAGUGCCGACCUGCUGCAGCUCAUCUCGAGCUCGACGAACAAGUUCCUGCAGCUGGUGUUCGCCGAGGACAUCGGGAUGGGCGCGGAGACCCGCAAGCGUACCCCGACACUGUCGACGCAGUUCAAAAAGAGCCUCGACUCGCUCAUGAAAACGCUCGCCCAGUGCCAACCGUUCUUCAUCCGGUGCAUCAAGCCGAACGAGCUGAAGAGGCCCAUGAUGUUCGACCGGGCACUGUGCUGCCGGCAGCUGCGCUACUCGGGCAUGAUGGAGACGAUCCGCAUUCGGCGCGCCGGUUACCCGAUCCGGCACAACUUCCGGGACUUUGUCGAACGGUACCGCUUCCUGAUCAAUGGCGUACCACCGGCGCACCGGACCGACUGCCGGAUGGCGACGUCAAAGAUCUGCGCCACGGUGCUGGGCCGAUCCGACUACCAGCUCGGGCACACGAAGGUGUUCCUGAAGGAUGCACACGAUCUGUUUCUCGAGCAGGAGCGCGAUCGGGUGCUGACGCGCAAGAUUCUCAUUCUGCAGCGAUCGAUCCGGGGCUGGGUGUACCGGAGGCGGUUCCUGCGCAUGCGCCAGGCGGCCGUUACGAUCCAGAAGCACUGGAAGGGUUACGCGCAGCGGGAGCGCUACCGGAAGAUGCGCAUCGGCUAUAUGCGCCUGCAAGCGCUGAUCCGUUCGCGGGUGCUCAGCCACCGGUUUCGCCACCUGCGGGGCCACAUCGUGCGUCUGCAGGCCCGCAUCCGGGGCUACCUGGUGCGGCGCGAGUACGGCCACAAGAUGUGGGCGGUGAUCAAGAUUCAGUCGCACGUGCGGCGCAUGAUCGCGAUGAAACGCUACCACAAGCUGAAGCUCGAAUACCGGCGCCACCACGAGGCGCUCCGCUUGCGGCGGAUGGAGGAGGAAGAGCUGAAGCACCAGGGCAACAAGCGGGCGAAGGAGAUCGCAGAGCAGCACUACCGGGACCGGUUGAACGAGAUCGAACGUAAGGACCUGGAGAUCGAACUGGAGGAGCGGCGGCGCGUCGAAGUGAAGAAGAACAUCAUCAACGAUGCGGCCCGCAAAGCGGACGAACCGGUCGACGAUAGCAAGCUGGUGGAGGCGAUGUUCGAUUUCCUGCCCGACUCGAGCAGCGAAGCACCGACACCGCACGGUGGCCGCGAAACUUCCGUCUUCAACGACCUGCCGGUGAACGCUGCCAACAACGAGGACAUCAUCGGCCCGAUCCACACCAUCUCCGAGGACGAGGAGGACCUGUCGGAGUUCAAGUUCCAGAAGUUUGCCGCCACCUACUUCCAGGGCAACAUCACGCACUACUACUCGCGCAAACCCCUCAAGCACCCGCUGCUGCCGCUGCACACCCAGGGCGAUCAGCUGGCGGCUCAGGCACUCUGGAUCACGAUCCUGCGCUUUACGGGCGAUCUGCCGGAGCCGCGCUACCACACGAUGGACCGCGACAACACGUCCGUAAUGUCGAAGGUCACGGCCACGCUGGGGCGCAACUUUAUCCGCAGCAAGGAGUUCCAGGAGGCGCAGAUGAUGGGUCUCGAUCCGGAGGCGUUCCUGAAGCAGAAGCCCCGCUCGAUCCGCCACAAGCUCGUCUCGCUGACGCUCAAGCGCAAGAACAAGCUGGGCGAGGACGUGCGGCGGCGGCUGCAGGACGAGGAGUACACGGCCGACAGCUACCAGUCGUGGCUGGAGUCGCGCCCAACGUCCAACCUCGAGAAGCUGCACUUCAUCAUCGGCCACGGCAUCCUGCGGGCGGAACUACGGGACGAGAUCUACUGCCAGAUCUGCAAGCAGCUCACCAACAACCCGUCCAAGUCUUCACACGCCCGCGGCUGGAUCCUGCUGUCGCUCUGCGUCGGGUGCUUCGCACCGUCGGAGAAGUUCGUCAACUACCUGCGCUCGUUUAUCCGCGAAGGUCCCCCCGGUUACGCACCGUACUGCGAGGAGCGGCUGAAGCGCACGUUCAACAACGGCACCCGCAACCAGCCACCGUCCUGGCUCGAGCUACAGGCGACCAAGUCGAAGAAGCCGAUCAUGCUGCCGAUCACGUUCAUGGACGGCAACACGAAGACGCUGCUGGCCGACUCGGCCACCACGGCCCGGGAGCUCUGCAACCAGCUGUCGGACAAGAUCACGCUCAAGGACCAGUUCGGCUUCUCGCUGUACAUCGCGCUGUUCGACAAGGUGUCGUCGCUCGGCAGCGGCGGCGACCACGUGAUGGACGCGAUCUCGCAGUGCGAGCAGUACGCGAAGGAGCAGGGCGCCCAGGAGCGGAACGCUCCGUGGCGGCUGUUUUUCCGCAAGGAAAUCUUCGCCCCGUGGCACAACCCGAUCGAGGACCAGGUGGCCACCAAUCUGAUCUACCAGCAGGUGGUGCGGGGCGUCAAGUUCGGCGAGUACCGGUGCGACAAGGAGGAAGACCUGGCGAUGAUCGCGGCCCAGCAGUACUACAUCGAGUACAGCACCGACAUGUCGAUGGACCGGCUGUACACGCUGCUGCCGAACUUCAUCCCCGACUACUGUCUGACGGGGAUCGAGAAGGCGAUCGAUCGCUGGGCCGCCCUGGUGUUGACGGCGUACAAGAAGAGCUACUACCUGAAGGACAAGGCGGCCGCGCUCAAGGUGAAGGAGGACGUGGUCAGCUACGCCAAGUAUAAGUGGCCUCUGCUGUUUUCGCGCUUCUACGAAGCCUACAGAAACUCUGGUCCAAACCUGCCGAAGAACGACGUCAUCAUUGCGGUCAACUGGACCGGCGUGUACGUGGUGGACGACCAGGAACAGGUGCUGCUCGAGCUGUCCUUCCCGGAGAUUACGGCCGUUUCGAGCCAGAAAACGAACAAAGUGUUCACCCAAACCUUCUCACUGUCGACGGUGCGGAACGAAGAGUUCACCUUCCAGAGCCCGAACGCCGAGGACAUCCGGGACUUGGUAGUGUACUUUCUGGAGGGAUUAAAGAAACGCUCAAAGUAUGUGAUAGCACUGCAGGACUACAAGGCCCCGGGAGAGGGAACCAGUUUCCUGUCCUUCCUGAAGGGUGAUCUGAUCAUUCUGGAGGACGAAAGCACCGGUGAAACGGUCCUGAACUCCGGCUGGUGUAUAGGUUGCUGCGAACGAACGCAGGAGCGUGGAGAUUUCCCGGCGGAAAUCGUGUACGUCCUUCCGACGCUCACGAAACCCCCCCCGGACAUACUGGCCCUGUUUAGCGUGGAGGAUGCCCACCACGGCAAGCGGCUGAACUCGGUUCACUCGAACGGUAGCAGCGAGGGUCGGGAUCGGCCGCACUCGUUGGCCGAGUACUCGCUCGACCACUUCCGGCCACCACCGAAGCGCACGAUGUCGAAGGCGCUGAGCACGCUCAGCUCGAAGCGGGGCACCGAUGAGCUGUGGCGCUACUCGCGCGAUCCGCUCAAGCAGCCGCUGCUGAAGAAGCUGCUCGCCAAGGAGGAACUGUCCGAGGAGUCCUGCCUGGCGUUCGUUGCCAUCAUGAAGUACAUGGGAGAUCUGCCAUCGAAGCGGCCGCGCAUCGGCAACGAGGUCACCGAUCACAUCUUCGACGGUCCGCUCAAGCACGAAAUCCUGCGCGACGAAAUCUACUGCCAGCUGAUGAAGCAGCUGACCGACAACCGGAACCGGCUGUCGGAGGAGCGCGGCUGGGAGCUGAUGUGGCUGUCGACCGGCCUGUUCGCCUGUAGCCAGCAGCUGCUGAAGGAGCUGACGCUCUUCCUGCGGACCCGCCGCCAUCCGAUCUCGCAGGACUCGCUACACCGGCUACAGAAGACGAUCCGCAACGGGCAGCGCAAGUACCCGCCGCACCAGGUCGAGGUGGAAGCGAUCCAGCACAAGACGACACAGAUCUUCCACAAGGUCUACUUCCCGGACGACACGGACGAGGCGUUCGAGGUGGACUCGUCGACCCGGGCGAAGGACUUCUGCCACAACAUCUCCCAGCGGCUGAACCUGCGCUCGAGCGAGGGCUUCAGUUUGUUCGUGAAGAUCGCCGACAAGGUGAUCUCGGUGCCGGAGGGUGACUUCUUCUUCGACUUCGUGCGCCACCUGACGGACUGGAUCAAGAAGGCGCGGCCGACGCGCGACGGUUCCAAUCCCCAGUUCACGUACCAGGUGUUCUUCAUGAAGAAGCUCUGGACGAACACGGUCCCGGGCAAGGACCGGAACGCGGACCUGAUCUUCCACUACCACCAGGAGCUGCCGAAGCUGCUGCGGGGCUACCACAAGUGCUCGAAGGAGGAAGCGAUCAAACUGGCCGCGCUCGUGUACCGGGUACGCUUCGGCGAGAGCAAACAGGAGCUGCAAGCUAUACCACAAAUGCUGCGCGAACUUAUUCCUUCCGACUUGACCAAGCUGCAGAACGUGAACGACUGGAAGCGCUCGAUAGUGGCGGCCUACAACCAGGACGCCGGAAUGUCACCGGAGGAUGCCAAAAUCACUUUUCUGAAGAUCGUCUACAGAUGGCCAACGUUUGGUUCGGCAUUCUUCGAAGUGAAACAGACGACCGAACCCAACUACCCGGAAAUGCUGCUGAUCGCGAUCAACAAACACGGUGUCAGCCUUAUUCACCCCAGUUCCAAGGACAUUCUGGUGACGCAUCCGUUCACGCGCAUCUCGAACUGGUCGUCCGGUAACACGUACUUCCACAUGACGAUCGGGAAUCUGGUGCGCGGCUCGAAGCUCCUCUGCGAAACCUCGCUCGGCUACAAGAUGGACGACCUGCUGACGUCCUACAUUUCGCUCAUGCUCACCAACAUGAACAAGCAGCGCACGAUACGAGUCAAGUAGUAGUAGUAGUAGUAAGAGUGCGCAGUAGUCAAUGCCACCGGUCAAUGUUAAUCCGAUCCGAUCGCCUCCGAGCCGGUUCCGUCCAUUGUAUUAUUAUUUUUGUGCUCUUCUCCGUUAGAAGAU